AUGCUAAAUGUCACUGAUGCUCGGCGUGAUCCACAGACAUGUCUAAAGACUUUUCAAACAGCACAUUUUCCUAAAAGUCAUAUCAUCAGUCCUGUGGAGCUAGCCAACAACGGCUUUGAAUACACAGGCAUUGGUGACCGUGUCCGAUGUGUAUAUUGUCAUGGAAUGUUAGAUGACUGGCAACCUGGAGACAGUGUAGAGAAGGAACAUCGGCGUCAUUUUCCAUAUUGUCCAUUUGUCCAGGAGAGGGACAUGAAUGAUCGCAUCUAUAACUCUACCCACUUAUCCUUUCCCCCUUUCCUAUCAAAUAGCUUUGAGAGGUUCCACUCUGCGGCCACCCAGCCAGAUUAUGUGCCAUAUGCAGCACUUCGCACAAGGUUUGGUCAGAACCCCACCCCGCAAUCCCAGUUAUCUAGUUUGCAUUCUGCUGCCCAAAAUGGCUGGCCUUCAGAAGUCCGAGAUUCAUUGUCCAGUCGUUUGCCCAGUAGUGUGUCUGCACCAGUUCGGAUUCCUUUCAGUAUUCAGACCACUUUGCCGUCCCAGUAUCCCUACCCUCAGAAUCUGGGCCUCCCCACUUUACCAUCAUCAACCACUCCUGUGUACCCUGGUGAGUCUGCUCAGCACACUACUGGUUAUUCAUCAACUCCAGCUAUGCCCCGAUAUGCAUCAGUUCAUGAACGUAUACGUACUUUCCAUUCUUGGCCUCAUAAGAAGCCAAGUCGAGAAUGGGUUGCUGAAGCUGGAUUUUACCAUUUAGGAAUUGAUGACACAGUUUGCUGCUAUAUGUGUAAUGGGCAUUUGCGUUCUGUGGAUAGAGCAGCUGUUGCCAGCCAUUUAAGCAGUCAACACCGACAGCUACAGCAGCCACAGGCACAGCAUCAGGUUCCAGUUCCAUCUGUCCAACCUUCAUGGAGCAGCCAAGAAACAAACUCAAGACUCUUUAGUUCCAUUCAUUCAUCAAUUCAACCAUACAGAAUUCUUGGCCUUGAGCCAAAUGAUUGGAGAGAUGCAAAGGUUUGCAAAAAAGACCCCAGCCAGCAGGCAGACAAGUACCGUCCACUUCAUGCCACUCCAUCUCAAGAGUCAAGUUCUGAUUCAUGGAGAAGCAAAUUGUUGUUGUAUAUGCAACAGCCACGAGUGCUACAUUUGCUGGAGAAUGGAUACAGUGAACGAAGAAUUAGGAAGGUGCUCAAACGCCAGCUACAAAAUACUGGUGAAAACUUUGUGAGCCGAGAAGCCAUGUAUACAGCUCUUAAUGACACUGAUUCAGAGGAUGAAGACCGCCACCAGUGGCCUCACCAUCGACAACAGCUGCAACACAUUCAACAAUUGCAGCAGCAACAGCAACAUCGGACAUCAGUUAAUGCAUCUCUCCAACACUCCCGGUCUUCUUUACCCCAACACACACGUUCCCCACCACCAGCUGUGCAGCAGACACCGCCUGCCCCAUCACAGCGACAGAUGCAGCACCAGCAGCGGUCAGCUGCACGCCAUCAUCAUCAGCAACAACAGCAGCAGCAAGCUGCUGUUGCUGCAGCUGCUGCAGUAGUGCAACCACAGCAUCCUGCAGCACCACAGGCCUCACCCCUGACAGCUCAACAACAACCCCCUCCACCACCUCCUGCACAAUUACGGCAAUCACCAGCCCCUGCACCUCAGCAGCCACCGCCACCACCACCUCCUCCUCCUCCUCCACCUCCUCCUCCUCCUCCAGUGCAACAACAGCAGUCUCCUCCACUUCCUCCUUCGCCACAACAGCAACCAGUGCAUCAACCUCCUUCACCACAAGUACCAUUGCCAGUGGUACCUACUGCACCGCAGUCCCCAUUGCCACAGCCCCUACAUGCACCUAAUUCUGAGAAAGAAGGUGACAGCACAGAUAGGUCUUCACCCUUCACUACCAAACUUGAUGAGACGUUAGAAUCAAAAGAUGGAAAAUCAGAUUCAGCAGAGUCUGAAGAAAAACGAAGACUAGAAGAAUUGUUGGAAGAGAAUCGUAACUUGAAAGAAUUAAAUCAAUGCAAAAUCUGUAUGGACAAUGACAUAAAUGUGACGUUUAUACCUUGUGGCCACUUGGUAUGUUGUAGUGACUGUGGCAAGUCUGUAAGGCACUGUCCCUUAUGUCGGACCCCGAUUGAACGUUCGUUUAGGGUCUAUUUGGGAUGA